AGAGAGACACCAACUUGUCGUCGCAUUAUGUUUUGAAUUGUUUACUAUGAAUGAGACUAAAUUCGACUGUUCUAAUGACAAUCCGACACCAGAACACACUAACAGUCUGAGCGACACGAAAGAAAAAGAAAUCGAAGAGACGGAAUUCAAUUUUGCUUUGUCGAGUUCCUUCAGACGUUACUGCUACCAUGUGAUUACAUCGAGACUGUUUACUGUAUUUCCCCUGAUCGUUAUUUUCAUGAACACCAUUACACUAGCCACCCUGACAUUCAAACAGGCGGAAAUUAUCGCUGGAUGGCAACUGUCUCUUCUGGACACGAUCUUCUUGUCUGUCUAUCUGUUUGAGCUCUUUAUCAAACUCUACGUCUGGCGUAUUCGAUACUUCAAGAGUGGUUGGAACAUUUUUGACUUCACCAUUGUCUUGACAAGUUUAGUUGACCUUCUGAUCACAUUGAUAGCCAAUGGAGUCUCGACUUUCGAUAGUAAAACUCUAAAUGUACUUCGUGUGUUCCGCGUGGUUCGAGCUCUAAAAGCAUUGCGAGUUCUCAGAACCAUUCGUCUUCUCAAGCACCUUCAGAUAAUUGUUGCAACGUUGCUGAAGUCGAUUCCUGCAAUGGGAAAUAUUGUCAUUCUCAUCGGACUCGUUCUCUAUCUGUGUGCCAUUAUUGGAAAAGGUAUUUAUGGAGACAUUGAUCCUAUACGGUUUGGAAACCUCGGACGAGCUUCAUUUACUCUUUUCCAGUUAAUUACACUCGACGACUGGUUUUUUGUGUUCUCUACCAUUGAAACCCAGCAUCCUUCAUAUCAACAUAUCUUACUCUUUCUCCUAAUCUUCAUCAUUUUGGAAACAUUUAUUUUCAUCAAUCUAUUUAUUGCUGUGAUUGUCGACAGCCUUUCACGAACACAGGCAGCAGCUGAAGCUGAAGAGAAAGAGGAAGAAAAACAAACAGUAGACGACCAAAGACUUCAAGAACAGCAUAAGUAUGCACAAAACGUGCAGGAGACUUCGAAUGAACAAGCUCUUGCUAUUGAGGAUUAUUACGCUGAUCAGCAGGUAACAGACAAGCAAAUGAAACUGAUAGGUCACUACUGUGCUUUAUUAGUGGCUCUGGAACAUAAUCUAUGCCGGGACACUAGCCACCGUGCUGGGCUUGAUGAGCUAGUUGCCCUAGUAGACACAGCUGAGCAAUAGUGUACAUCUACUUUUUCACUUUGGCAGUCAGUGACUACUGCACUUUCUGUAAGCCAUGAUGUAUAGUCAUGUUCAUAAUUAAUACAAAACUAGAUCAGUACAAUAUAGUAUUCUA